AUGAAUGGGGGUCAACGCAGGGAUCCUGCCUUGGUGCCCAUCUAUGCCGCAGGAAAGGAGCCCUUGCCUGCUGGCGUCUCAGAAGAGGAACGGCCCCAGUAUGAGCAAAUGAUGAGAUACCAGACCUACAUGUCGAUGGCCAUGGAGUCCUGCGCAACCAAGGCUGCUUUCGCUGGUAUUGGUGGUCUUGGUAUCGGUGCCUUCUUCUCUCUCAUGUCUUCUUCGUUUGCCUACGAGGACCCGUUUCUGCGUCAGCAAACACAAGCUGGAAUGAAUACAACUCAAAAGGCCAGCGCGAUAUUCAAGGACAUGGGCAGGGGCAUGUGGACAACUGGGAAGGGUUUCGGAAAGGUUGGGAUGCUGUUCGCAGGCGUUGAGUGUGUCAUAGAAUCCUACCGCGCCAAAAACGAUAUCUACAAUUCAAUAUCUACUGGAAUGUUUGUUGGCGGCUUUCUUGCACGAAAUUCAGGGCCCAAGGCUGCUUUCGGUGGUGGUGUGGCAUUCGCCGCGUUUUCUGCUGCGAUAGAUGUUUUCUUCUUGAGGCGAGAAACACCAGAGUCAGCUUGGUUACUCUCCUUUUAUCGGACACUACUGAUCCUUUUUUUUUUAGUGAGGAUUGAGGUCCCCUUUGAUAGAUUAAUUUAUUUCAUUGCGCACUAUCUACUCAAUAAUUGUAUCAAAUACCACUAUCGCUAUUGA